AUGUCAAGAAAUAGAGAAGACUCGGAAUGCUCGGAUAUUGUUUUGUCGGAAGAGGCUUCAGCUGCUUUGAUGGAAUUUCUUAGAGAACAAGAAAUUCGUCAAAACGAAGAAGAAGCCCUCAUUAACACUGGAAAUGCAGAAAAGGCACUGGAAGUCGAGCAUCAAGAAGAUUGGAACUUGAGUCAAUUCUGGUACGAUGAGCCAACGUGCGAGGCGCUGGAGAAAAUUAUUCUAAGCAUCUACGAGCCUGGAAUGAAAAUUGGAUGUAUCUCCUCGCCUACUUGUUUCAAGCAUUUACUAAAAUGUAAAAACUUCGAAAGUCAAUCUGAGUAG